CACCUAUUCGCGUUAACGUUUGCUACAGCUUUCUCACAGUUCUCCCUGAACUGCUGUCCCUUAAACGGGCCAGUAAUAAGAAGCACGUCAGGCAGCGGUCUAUCGUACUCGUCCGCAGGUAUCAUCCGUGUCUCACUUUGCUGUCAUAGCUGAGAACGGCACGCCUUGACGUUGUCACCCCCUCCCUUCAUCGUGUGAUUCUCCUCUAUUACAUGCGCCUCUCGAUUCAUCGACUCAUGGGCCUGCAUACAUCCCAACAGACAAUACUGGGUCUCCCUUGACGAGUGAGACAGCGAGAUGAAACAACACGUUGCACUCCAGCAGAUGCAUGGACGAUUUGUAUAUGUCCAGCCAUUUCAACCUGCAAUCGCGAAAAAGCACGUUCAUGGACAGAGACACUGAAAUUUAUCCGUUCACAUCUCUUCGCCUACAUCGUCAAUCCCACAAUCUUCAUCUGCCAGACGUCUUCGCGGAAAGCCUCCAGCUCUGCCUUGGUUGAUACCGUCGUCCUCAAGCAGAACUGGAAUGACAUGAAGAAACACCAGACCCGUCUCUGCAUCCUGUGGGGACUCAUGUCUCCGUUUGCCCCGACU